UCUCUUGAUACAAUACAAAUCAUGUCAACUGCCAGUGAGCCUGAAGAUCUUCCCCCGCCAUACACCCAGUCUGGCACUACUUCUUUCCCAGCACCGCCCAUAUGGGAGCCUCACUUUAUUGAUCUCUCCACUCAACAUCCAUCUGUUCUUCUUCGCAAGCCCUUGGAUCCUCCACCCGACUGCUUCUCCACUCCGUCACCUCUGAGAGUAAAAUCCAACGAUUUCCCUCCAUUCAGAAUUCCCUGCGCUGGCAAUCACCUCGCAGACGGUUUCCGCAUUCUUUAUCCCUCGGGUCUACUUGAGAAACAUGGGAUUCAACAGGCAGACUGGACGCGCUUCCUGGAGGACCUUGAGAUAUCUGCUCGUCUUGCGGGUCAGGGACUCAGCGCAGUGGGUUCUCGCGUUCCCAUAGCAGCACUCCCCGUUCGUGGUAUAUUUGGGGCAAGAGCGCCUGGAGUAGUAUACGACUCUCAGUUCACGAGAAGCCCUAGAGAUGAGGUUCAGACACUCAUUACCGUCUGGAACCAGUCUGCGUUUGAACGACGGAAAUUGCGCGUCAGUCUGCAAAUCAACGGAGGGGUGGACAAUAUGGCCGCAUAUGAGCUUCUCGUCGAGUCUCUUUGAAACACUUAUGAUAAUCUCUACCACCGGAAUUCUAUAUAUACACGAUUCACAGCAGAUGUAGCAUAUUUUGUAAAUUCAUUUGCUUUCGUGCAAUGGAUGCCUCGACAAUUACUCAUCGAUAUGAUGC